AUGUCGCCCAUAACCCUCGAUCUCACAUCCGACUUCGACCCCGCCAUCACCACCGGCACGGGGUCGUCCUCGACCCAACGAACCCUCCUCGUCGCGCCGCCCUCUGUCGCCUCCCACGAGGAGCGCAUUAGCGCCCUCUUCUCCACCUACCCCCGUGACACCACCGAUCUGCACAUGCUCGACCGUCUCGCCGCCGGCCUCGUCACCCUCCCCGCAUCCACCUACGACCUGAUCCUCGUCCUGACCGACCCUGACGGCAGCCGACACGCUGAGGCCUCUGCCCUGCUCAGCAACCGCGCCGUGUGGGCGCUUCUCGUCCCCGCUCUCAAGGCCGGCGGCAAACUGCGCAGCGAAGAUGGCACCCUCGGCACCAAUUCCGCCACCCCCGAGGCCCGCGAGGCCGUGCUAGCCGGUCUCGUCGCCGGCGCCGAUGGGUUCACCAAGCCUGAGUACGCCGAGGAGGAAGCCGUGCCGCUGCGCUUCGGCCUCAAGAGGAAGAACAACCCCAACGCCGUUGCGCCCAUCCAGCCUGCCGCCCAAGUAGUCACCGCCGCCCCAGCAGGCGUCGGUUUCGUCACACUUGACUUGGACGACGACCUCGAUCUCGACGGCGAAAAUGACGAUGAUGUAAUCGACGAGGACACCCUCCUCACGGAAGCGGAUCUGCGUCGCCCCAUCCAGCAGCCGCCCGAGUGCCAGCCCAAGCCGGGCAAGAAGAGGAGGGCGUGCAAGGACUGCACGUGCGGGCUGGCGGAGCGGCUGGAGGCGGAGGACAAGGCGCGCAGGGACAAGGCGGACCAGGCGCUGAACACGCUCAAGCUCAAGAGCGAGGAUUUGCUGGAGCUGGAUCUGACGGUGCCGGGUAAGACGGGUAGCUGUGGUAGUUGUGCGUUGGGGGAUGCUUUUAGGUGUGAUGGCUGCCCAUACACAGGCCUUCCACCCUUCAAGGUCGGCGAGGAGGUGUCGAUCCUCAACAACGUGCCGCAGUUGUAA